CUCACACAGGUAAGCUUCUCUCUUAAUCUCUGUUGUUUACUUAAUCUUUGUUGUUUACUUGACAGCUUUUAUAUCUUUUUUUGCAGGUGCAUGUACACCUUAUGUUGCCAAGUUUCUAGCUGGUGAACACAAGCUCGCUUCUACUGCCAAAGUAUCUACAAGCACCAAUGGAAUGUAUGAAGUGAGGCAUGGUUCUGAUUAUCACCGAGUAGACUUAAAGGCAUACACUUGUACAUGCAGGAAGUGGCAGAUCUGUGGCAUCCCGUGUGAGCAUGCAUAUGGAGUCAUUCUCUACAAGAAGCUUGAACCUGAGAACUUUGUGUGUCAAUGGUUCAGGACAGCAAUGUGGAAAAGAAACUACACGGAUGGCGUCUGUCCACAAAGAGGACCUAAGUUCUGGCCUGAGAGUCAUAGGCCUAGAGUCCAUGUGCCUGAGUCACCAGAAGGAGAAGACAACAAGAUGACAAAAGCUGAGAAAAAAAGGAAAAAGGGUUUGAAUGAGUCUCCUAGUAAGAAGCAGCCAAAGGCAAAGAAAAGAAUCAUGCAUUGUCGUGUUUGUGGGCAAGCUGAUCACAAUUCAAGACACCAUGCUAAAGAUAAGGCUUCUCAUUUUGUCUCGCAGCCUUCUCAACCUGAACCAAGUCAAGGUUCACUCACUCAAGCUUGAUCCAAGGAGUAGAAGACUGUCAUAGGGUAUAAGAACUAGGGUACUUAUAUUGUGGUUGUCUCAUUGUAAUUUUCGACCACAUUGUUUCUACGGCUAAAUGGAUGUUUUGUUUCUACGGCUAAAUGGAUGUUUAGGAUGAAUGCUAUUUUGAAUG